AGUUCCCGGCUCCAGGGCUUCUAGUGGGAAACAGAGACCCCAUCUAAGGCCGAAUCUUCCAGCGUCCCCAUCACCCCAGAGCCUUCUCAGGCACUUCCGGUGAUCUCAUCCAUUAGCAGCUGUGUGUUGCCAAUUCCCAAUUCUUUAUCUGUCUCAGACUUCUCUCCUGCAUUCCAGAUCCUUCUAUUCAACUGCCUAUUGGAUACCUCUUCCAGGAUGUUCUCAAGACAUACAAGAAUUAAAUUCUAAGUAAGUCUACGGAUAGGAUGGACAGUUAUUUUAAAGCAGCUGUCAGUGACUUGGACAAACUCCUUGAUGAUUUUGAACAGAACCCAGAUGAACAAGAUUAUCUCCAAGAUGCACAAAAUGCACAUGAUUCUAACCACCGUUCAGUUUCUUUAGAGUUGGCUUCCUCACAGCUAACUUCACUGCUACCAAAGGACCAACAAUACAUUAAUAGUUGUGCCUCAUCAGAAACAUGCUCUGAAACAAAUGAGAUUUCCCUGAAUGAAAAAACACUUGAGGGACUAACUUCUAUACAAAAUGGAAAAAAUGUAACAGGACUUGAUCUCCUUUCUUCCGUGGAUGGUGAUAAUUCAAACGAAAUCCAGCCUUUAUAUAUGGGACGAUGUAGUAAACCUGUCUGUGAUUUGAUAAGUGACAUGGGUAACUUAGUUCAUGCAACUAAUAGUGAAGAAGAUAUUAAAAAAUUAUUGCCAGAUGAUUUUAAGUCUAGUGCAGAUUCUUUGAUUGGAUUGGAUUUAUCUUCUGUGUCAAAUACUCUCUGUGUUUCUCCGACAAACCACGGUAGUGAUACUGUCAGAGAAGAACAGAAUGAUGUCAACUCUGAACUAAAAAAUAGAGAAAUUAGUGAAACCAAAGCAUUGGGUGUAAAAAUAGACACAACACUUUCAGAUUCUUGUAAUUACAGCAAAACAGAAAAUGUAAAGGAUAAAAAGAUCUUUAACAAGUUAGAACCAGUUGUUGAUUUUAACAUGUCAUCUGCUUUGACUCAGCAAAGUUCCAAAAUGUUUGAUGUCAAAAAUAACCUACAACACAAGAGCCAGCCAUGUGAAUUAUUUAAAGAUGAUGACUGUUUGGUAAAAGAGGAGGUAGAUGUGGCUGUCAAAACUGCCACAGAAUGUUUAAGAGAAGGAGGCAGCACAAGUGCUUUGCCUCAUGGUCUUCCAAAAAGUGAAGGUUUAUACUUAAAUGAUUCAAAUUCAAAGGAUGAAAAUUUCAGAUUACCUGACUUUUCCUUUGAGGAAGAUAGGACUGCUGUAUUUAUAAAACAAUCUGCAAAAGACUCAAGAAAUUUAGACCUUAAAGAUAAUGAUACAAGCCAAGAUUCCUCUUCAACUUUAUGUGUUUCAAGUGAAGAUACACACUCCUCAUUGUCCUGUCUUCCACUAUCUGGGUCUUUCUGUGGAUCAUUAAUUGAAAGUAAAGCACAUGGUGUUUGUUUUCCUCAGAAUGAACAGAAAGAUAAUAUACAAGAUGCAGUGACUAUGCAUGAAGAAAUACAGAAGAGUGUUAUUCUAGGUGGGGAACCAUCCAAGGAGACUGAUCUUUCAAAACAGGAAAAAUGUAAAGACAUACUUCAGCCAUUAAUUGAAAAGAUGGGAGAUAGAAAGGUAGAUUCUGACCAGGCAGUUAUCAGAGUUGAAUCUUUGGAUUACCCUGAUGACACCAAUUCUUCUAUAGCUGCAGAAUCUCAAACAGAGCUUUCUGGUGCUAAUGCCCCAGAGUCUCCAGAUUGUUGCAGAGGUCUAACUUUUUCAAGCAACAGUGUGAAUGGGAAAGACUUAGAUUACUUUAAUAUCGAUGAAGGCAUGAAAACUGGCACACUAAUUAGUGAUGCUGAACUUGAUGCCUUUCUGACGGAACAGUACCUUCAGACCACUAACAUAAAGUCUUUUGAAGAAAAUGUUAAUGACUCAAAAUCUCAAAUGAAUCUAAUAGAUACAAAAGGCUUAAAUGACGGAAACAUCAAUAAUAUGUAUUUCAAUGCUGAAGCAGGAGCUACUGCAGAAAGUCAUGGAAUUAAUGUGAUAUGUGGAACAGUUGAUAAACAAAAUACAGUAGAAAAAGGUGGCCUUUCAUUAGGUGAAGAAAGCACAAUUCCAGUUGAACAAGAGUUACCUACCAGUAAGCCUGAGAUUACAAAUGAAUUACUAGUCUCUGAUAUUGACAGUCAAUCUGUUCAUGUUGGAGGGGCCAGACCUAAGCAAUUGUUUAAUCUUCCAUCAAGAAGGAGGAGUUCAAAGGAACUAAAUAAACUGGAUGUUCCAAAUAUGCCAGAAAGUGAGCCCAGCAUAGCGAAUACCAUUGCUCCAACCACUUGUACUACAGAUUCUGUAACUGAUUCUCAGGUUAGCUUUAACUCUAAUUACAUUGAUAUAGAAAGUAAUUUUGAAGGUGGAUCCAGUUUUGUAACUGCAAACGAAGAUUCUCUACCUGAAAACACUUGCAAGGAAGCCUUGGUUUUGGGCCAGAAACAACCUACUUGGGUUCCUGAUUCAAAAGCUCCAAACUGUAUGAACUGCCAAGUUAAAUUUACUUUUACAAAACGGCGACACCACUGCCGAGCAUGUGGAAAAGUAUUUUGUGGUGUCUGUUGUAAUAGGAAGUGUAAACUGCAGUACUUAGAAAAGGAAGCAAGAGUAUGUGUAGUCUGCUAUGAGACCAUUAGUAAAGCUCAGGCAUUUGAGAGGAUGAUGAGUCCAACUGGUUCUAAUCUUAAAUCUAAUCAUUCUGAUGAAUGUGGUACUGUCCAGCCUCUUCAGGAGACCCAAACAUCCAGUAUACCUUCACCCACAACUUUGCCAAUCUCAGCACUUAAGCAACCAAGUGUUGAAGGACUGUGCUCCAAAGAACAGAAGAGAGUAUGGUUUGCAGAUGGUAUAUUGCCCAAUGGUGAAGUUGCAGAUACAACAAAAUUAUCAUGUGGAAGUAAAAGAUGUUCUGAAGACUUGAGUCCUCUCUUACCUGAUGUGCCUAUGACAGUAAACUCAGUGGAUCAUGCCCAUUCUACUACAGUGGAAAAAUCGAACAGUGAGAUAGGAGAUAUUACAAGAAAUGAGAUAAUUCCGAGUCCUAUUUCUCAGGUUCCAUCUGUGGAAAACCCAUCUAUAUACACAGGAACUGAGGGGUUACCUACUUCUGGUUCUUUUACAUUAGAUGACGUUUUUGCAGAAGUUGAGGAACCAUCUAAUGCUACUGGUAUCUUAGUUAACAGCAAUUUACCUGUUGCUAGUAUUUCAGAUUAUAGGUUGCUGUGUGGUAUUGACAAGUAUGUUUGCAAUAAGAUUAGUCUUCUACCUAAUGAUGAGGACAGUUUGCCCCCACUUCUGGUUGAAUCUGGAGAAAAGGGAUCAGUGCCUGUAGUAGAAGAACGGCCAUCUCAUGAGCAGGUCAUUUUGCUUCUCCAAGGCGAAGGGUUUCAUCCUGUUACAUUUGUCCUAAAUGCCAAUCUACUCGUGAAUGUCAAAUUAGUAUUUUAUUCCUCAGACAAAUAUUGGUACUUCUCAACCAAUGGAUUGCAUGGCUUGGGACAGGCAGAAAUUAUCAUUCUAUUGUUAUGUUUGCCAAAUGAAGAUACUAUUCCUAAGGACAUCUUCACACUGUUUAUCACCAUAUAUAACAAUGCUCUAAAAGGAAAAUACAUAGAAAACUUGGAUAAUAUUACCUUUACCGAGAGUUUUCUCAAUAGCAAGGAUCAUGGAGGAUUCCUGUUUAUUACACCUACUUUUCAGAAACUUGAUGAUCUCCCAUUACCAAGUAAUCCUUUUCUUUGUGGAAUUCUUAUCCAGAAGCUAGAGAUUCCCUGGGCAAAGGUUUUUCCUAUGCGUUUAAUGUUGAGAUUGGGUGCGGAAUAUAAAGCAUAUCCCACUCCUUUAACAAGUAUCAGAGGCCGAAAACCUCUUUUUGGAGAAAUAGGACACACUAUUAUGAACUUACUUGUUGACUUUCGAAAUUACCAGUAUACUUUGCAUACUAUAGAUCAGCUAUUGAUUCACAUGGAAAUGGGAAAAAGCUGCAUAAAAAUACCACGGAAAAAAUACAGCGAUGUAAUGAAAGUAAUAAAUUCUUCUAAUGAGCAUGUCAUCAGCAUUGGAGCUAGUUUUAGUACAGAAGCAGAUUCUCAUCUAGUCUGUAUACAGAAUGAUGGAGUUUAUCAAACACAAGCCAAUAGUGCUACUGGCCAUCCUAGAAAAGUGACAGGUGCAAGCUUUGUAGUAUUCAAUGGAGCUCUAAAAAUAUCUUCAGGAUUUCUUGCUAAGUCCAGCAUAGUUGAAGAUGGCUUAAUGGUACAAAUAACUCCAGAGACCAUGGAUGGCUUGCGGCUAGCUCUACGAGAGCAAAAAGACUUUAAAAUUACAUGUGGGAAAGUUGAUGCAGUAGACCCUACAGAAUCUGUGGAAAUUUGCUGGGUAGAUUCUGAAGAAAAAAGAAACAAAGGUGUUAUCAGUUCAGUGGAUGGAAUAUCAUUACAGGGAUUUCCAAGUGAAAAAAUAAAACUGGAAGCAGAUUUUGAAAAUGAUGAGAAGAGUGUAAAGUGUACUGAGGUGUUCUACUUUCUAAAGGAUCAGGACUUAACUAUUUUAUCAACUCGUUAUCAGUUUGCAAAAGAAAUAGCCAUGGCUUGUAGUGCUGCUCUGUGCCCUCACCUGAAAACUCUAAAGUGUAAUGGGAUGAAUAAAAUUGGACUCAGAGUUUCCAUUGACACUGAUAUGGUUGAAUUUCAGGCAGGAUCUGAAGGCCACCUUCUGCCUCAGCAUUAUCUAAAUGAUCUCGAUAGUGCUCUGAUACCUGUGAUCCACAGUGGGACCUCCAACUCUAGUUUACCAUUGGAAAUAGAAUUAGUAUUUUUCAUUAUGGAAAAUCUUUUUUAGCAAAAGUAUAUGUGACAUAUUACAUACUGCAAGCUGAUUUGUUAAAACUCCAGCACUAAAGCUGAAAUGCCAUGAACACUAAAAAUAAAUGUUUGAUGUUUCAAAUAUGUAAGCUUUGCUUUUUAGGCAGGAGUGAUCUUUUUAAGUCAUUAGCACAAUAUUUAAAUAUCUAAAAAUUUAAGAAAUCCACAGUUUUUGAAGCUUUACACUUAAUACAAGUACUAAAAAGACAAGGAUUUCUUCUGCCUUUAAAAAUUUGUAGGAUUUACUAUGUUAUUUAAAUGCUAAGCCAAAGUACCUGCACUUAGGUAUACCUCUUUAUGCCAAGAACAGUUUUAAUAAAGGCUCUUUUCAGAUGUAACCUCAUGAAGGAAAUAUCUGUUUUGUGUAUAUGCAAGUUGGAAUACUGGUUUCUAAAAUCUGUUAAAAUUUACUUCAGUGGCACAGACCAGUUUCAAGAUCUUAGACUUUUAAAUCUUUGAAUAAAGCCAAUAACAUUUGUAUAAUUGGACUGGAGACCUACCUCCAUGAUUAGAUAAACUCUGAUUACUUGGAUUAAAAUCAGAAUUUUGCCUUUUUUCUUCUCAAAUUAUUUUAUUUAUAUAUAUAUAUAUAUCAUUUUUCCUGAUUAAAUGGGUAUUCUUAAAAUAAUCAUGGGUGCUUCAGGAUUUUGUGCUUCUAUAUUUAAGAAUAUUGUUUUUAUAGCAAGAACAUAUGAUUUCGUAUGUGUUUUAUAAAUCUUUAAUAAUUUAUAAAUAAGUAAUAUUUUUGUAUCACUGCAUUAUUUUUCCUCCUUUCCUUCCAGAGUAUACCACUAUAUUUACUACUUCUAGGAGUAAUUAAGAACAGGCCAGAUGACUCUUGAAGUAGUCAUUAUGUAGCAAUAAAUGAAGCCUGAAACAGGUUCUUUUUUUACAUCCACUUCAAUCAAUUCUGCACAUUUUCAUUCUCUCCAAUGUAUUAAGUAUAAAUUUUUAAUGAACUAAUUACUUUUGCAUAUUUUUAAUUCUUUAUAUGGUAGUUAUUUUUUAUAACAGGGUAUUAACAAGUUAAAGUCUAUGUAUUUGAAACUGUAACAGAGCUUUCCUCUUCAAACAGCAAAAAAAAAAAGGUAAAGGGCAUAUUUUAGUCCUGUAUUGUAGUCGUGUCAUUUAAGUUAUAUAAAAUCUAAUCAUUAUUUAAAUGCAUUAUUUAUUCUUACAUGGAAUAUAUAUUUUUUGUAUCAAAAACACUCAUAUAUGUCAAGAAAAAGAAACUACACUAAGUAGCCCUGUUUUAAGAAAAAUAUGAAGCAUCUCAGCUUGAAGAUCGAGUCAAGGUUAUAACUCAGGACCUGAGGUCUCAAGCUAGGAGAGACCAAGAAUUUUAAUCCAUUUGGGCAUAUGCUUCCUACUGAAUCACAUUUGUAGUACUAUCCAAAGACACAGUUUGGAGGAGAAUAUCAGUCUUCUGGAAAUAGCUACUUCAUAAACAAUGUAAAAUGCUGCAGAUAUUAAAUAAAAUGGCAACAUGUAAUAACUUGUGAAAUUUAUGAAAUGGUAUAAGAUAAAAAUGAUUGAAUAUCAAACUCAAUUUAUUUUUUCUUUAUAUAGUGUGUUUAAUUUGCAAUGCAAGUAAUUGCACAAUCUAUGAAUACUGAACUUACCUUAAAAUAACCAAAUGGUGAAGACUCUUCCAUGAUGGGAUAGAUUUGUAUUUGUUUUCGUAAAGUCUCUACAUUCAAUAAAAAUUAGAAUUAUGUGCCUAAAUUUUGGAGGCACAUUUUAAAGUACUGUAUUCUUUGUAGAUGUAUAAUAUGUUUCUGGAUGCAUUUGUUAAUUGUUUGGUCAUGUUCUUCACAUUGGUACUUAAUUGGAAAUUUUAGUUUUUUUAAGGGUGAAGAAAUAGAAUGGCUCUCUGUAUUCAGUCUGCAAUGAUCUAUUUUUGGUCUUAUGCCUUUUAAUGCUACUCUUUCUCUGAAUUUUGAAAUAGGAAGUAAAAUCUAGCCCAUUUGUUUUCUGCAGCUGUCCAACAAACUUUGUGUGUUAUUGUGACUUGCUAUGUGCAGAGCACUUUGUUAGGUUUCUAAGUAAAAAUUGCUAAAAAUGA